AUGGCUGCCACCACCGAGGAUAUCGUCUAUGCAUUGCACGACUUUGAAGCCGAGAACGAAGAGUGAGCAUUGACGCCUGACGCCCCCCGGUCGAUCAUGCUCAAAGCUCGAUCCCUUUCGGAUGCCGGCCCCAACUUGACUGAUCCCUUUUCUUGAUCUGUCCUUGCAGUGAGCUGUCGUUUGCGAUGGGUUCCAAGAUUGUGAUUCUCGAGCGCGAUGACCAGUACGGAGACGGGUGGUAUCAGGUUCGUGUCUUCCCCUCGGCCUUCUUCAUGUCGUGAGGGCUGUCGUCUCUCGUAAUCACCUCGGAGCAAGCAUCGCACGGGACUGACGCCCCACUAACCCAUGUACACAGGGUCGAAACGAAGCCGGCGAGGUUGGCCUCUUCCCCCAAUCCUACACCUCCAUCAGCCCCCCUUCGCCCGAAGAAGACGACGAUGACGUUUCGCUCGCCGAGACUGGUCGUCACUCCUCCGUACCCGUCGUCGCGGCCAACAUGAACGAGGUGCAACAAGCGCUCGCGUCUCUACAAGUACAGCGAGCCGCCAAUCUCGAACCAGCGGUGGCCCAAUCAGGUGACUCGUCGUCCGAAGACGAACUCGACGAGGGCAAAAGCAUCGCCGAGCGCGGGAACGUCGGACCCAAUGGCUCCCAUCCCGAAGUCGGAGUGAAUCACCGAGCCGCUCUGGCAGCAACGGCUGCGUUGAAUGCGGAGCGAGCAGCACGAGAGGAACGCGAACGAGAGGAGCAGCGCAGGAAGGACGACGAGGCCGCGUACGAGCGAUCACGGCAGGAGGGACUCGUCGAAGGGCUGCAGCUCAGUGACGAGAGCGACGACGAAGCGGGUCUUCCGCUCCCUCUUACGGUCCCGCUCCAUCCAACAACCCUCCCCGCUGCCUCGACAAAGUUCGACGCUCCAUCUGGAUCGACAGUGACCCCCGCCGUCGUCGUAUCCAACGGCGACAUUCCGCACGAGCCGGUCACCCCGAACGGAUCAGUCGAUGCCGCAGCUUUCGUCUCGUCAGAUAACCCCGUCUCACGCGAUCUCGAAUCGUCGUCCACCUAUGCCGAGUCUACCUACUCCGAAGCUUCGGUCGCCGAGGAGCCCGUCGACGAUGCCGUUCCUGCGGCCACCGGGAUCGACAACGGACUUGACUCGAUCAACAUUGAUCCAUCGCAUGCACCCAUCCUCGCCACCUCGGCUGUAUCUUUUUCCAGCCCACCUACAACAGCUUCCGCCGCCGCCGUUUCCCAACCAGCUCUCGAGUCGGCUGCCCCGAUGCCCCAGGCCUCCAGUGCUUCUGAUCACGUACCUCUCCUGGCCGGGGCAGGCCUUGCUACCGGUGCCGUUGCCGUCGGUGUCGCCGCUCAUCAUGCCUUCGCAAGCAACGAACACCUUUCAAAAGCCGUCGAGGCCACCUCCUCGGCAGCAGCUCGCGCAGUGACCCCGGACUCGGUUCUACCACCGUCGAUAACUUCUACGCCUGUGGCUUUACCCUUGGCUUUACCCGUGGCUGCCGUCGUGUCGCCAGGUCCCAACUCCGGCCGUAUCCUCUCCCCGAGCCAGUCGAGCUUGUCGAUUUCGACGCGUGCAGGGAGUGGCAGCGUGACCGACGCCACCACGAACGGGACGUCACAUGCCGCCGGGACACUGCCGUACGACCCUCGAGUGUGGAGUGUCGACGAAGUGUGCGAAUGGGCGACGAGCAAAGGCUUUGAUGCGUUGACGUUGGCCAAGUUCCGCGAGCAUGAGAUCUCGGGUGACGUCCUCGUUGAAAUGGACGUGGCGAUGCUCAAAGAGAUCGACCUUGUGGCCUUUGGACGACGGGUGCACAUCUACAACGCCAUCAAGGAGCUCAAGGGGCGAUUCGCACCGCGCGGUAACGCUUUGUCUCCGACCGGGUCGGGGUAUGAACCUGAUACGCCGAGCACGAUGGGUUACGCGACUCCGGCGACGUACCAUCCGACGACGUUUGGUUCUUCGGGUCAAAGAGCUAUGGGGUUCGAAAUGCAUGGCUUGGGUCUGGAUGGCUCGUCGGACCAGCACCGACGUCCGAUGUCGUUCCGGACCUCCUCGGAUGGGCCAUCGCGGUCAGCCUCGCAAACACAUCUCAACGACUUGCAAUCGUCGCAAAACUCGUCGAUGCAUUCAUCCGGAAUGGUCGGCGCCGAUCUGGGCGCAGCACAACACCACGCUUUGAUCCAUCGUCGAUCGUACACGGGAGACACGGGUCGAGAAAGUCUUGGAGCGGAUGCCGCGAUCCCGGAAGAAGUUGAGGAGUCCCCUGUACCGGGUAACAAAACGUCGACGAAUGCGACGCCGGUCCUCGGCGCGGUCGGCGCCAGCUCGGUCCGCGCAGCCAAGUCCCAGAUUCAACCCAAGUCCGCACGUCGUGUCUCGGAUUCCGAGAUCAGUCUUCCUCCCAGCCCGACUCACAGCACUUCGACGAAGGGCACGAGGAAGGACAGUGGUGAUCGCACGUUCUUUGGCGCCAUUGCGCGAGCGAGAAAACCGCCGCCGAGGGUCUCAAAUUCGGACUCGGUCGCCUCGGGUUUGAGCAGCGACGGUGCGACCUCGACGACGACUCGACCUGGUUCGUCGAGGGCGAAAUCGGCAUUGACUCAGGCGAGGCGUACGACGAGGUUGUUUGGCUCCUUCGGUACCCAGAGUGCGGAGGGCGGUCGGUCGUCGAACGAGCGUGUUGGGACACUCGAUGUGUCAAAGGCAUCGACGAGGAAUAAGCGAAUGAGUGGUAUCUCGGCGACGCGCGAUGCGCCCUCGAGUAUGUCUCCCAAAGCCGUCGACGCUGUGGGAAGCGAGAUGAUGCGCAAGGAACUUGAGCCCGUUGCCCCCGGCGCGAACUUGAUGGAGAAGAUCGGGACGCCGGACUACUCGGGUUGGAUGCAGAAAAAAGGCGAGAAGUACAACACAUGGAAGCAGAGGUUCUUUGUUCUCAAGGGAAUACACCUCUACUACCUCAAGUCUGAAAGCGAGCAACGCGUCAAGGGCGUCAUCAACCUCAAAGGUUACCGCGUCAUCACCGAUCCGAACAUUCACCCAGGAGAAUACGCGUUCAAGAUCGUACAUGACCGCGAGCGCUCGCAUUUGUUCAGCGCUCGCGAGCAGUACACCGUUCGCAAUUGGAUGCGCGAGAUCAUUAAGGCGACUAUUGCGCGCAAUUACGAGGACCCCGUCGUGUCCUCUUGUGAUAUCGAUACCAUGCCGCUCACCAUCGCUCAGACCAUGUACCCACCACCUCGACCACCCUCGCCCACCGAACGUGCGCGCGUUCAGAAGGAGCGAUGUGAGUUCAAACGCGGUCGGUUCGUCGGAGGCACGCCCACAAUUGACACAUCAUUUUAUCUGACACUUGACAGACGGUGAUGCCAACCCCAACACUCUCACUCCAGCGGAUGCUCAAAAAUUGAUGGAGUUCUCAGCCGGCUCAACCUUGAUGCCGGACCGCGGCACGGGUUCGACUGGUCGCCGAACUUCGACGGCACCGGAUGCUGGCCGUCGCGCCUCCCUCAGCAACCUCGCCCCCGGUACCGGUCCCGGAGCUCUCCCCGCGAUCCCGACACAGUCUGCGUCCGUCGCCAAAAGCCCUUCGAAUGCAUCGAGGAAUCUUCCCGCACCGUCGAUCGCACCGGCUAAUCCUUCCGAGGCCGAGAAAGCCGCUCUACUUGCCUGGGUCAACGCCAAUCUGCCAUCCUCGACGCCGCUCGCGACGGACUUGGGCGCCUCGCUCAGUUCGGGUCAAACUCUCGUUCGACUGGUCGAGAGCUUGAGCGGCAAGCCGAGCAACAUUUCGGAUGCCGAUUUCGCCAAGCACAAGCCUGCUCCGUCAGGAUCGACGAUGGACGUCGAUUACUUUGAUACCGUGUUCAACGUGUUUGACUACCUCUCGCCAAUUGUGUCGAGUAAGUCGACUUUUGCCUGCGAGCUAGAGUUUGCAGACUGGCGCUGACUGGGGUGCCUUCUUGCAGCGGAUGAGAUCUCCAUGUCGGACUUGCUCUCCGGGAACGACGCUCGUCUCAGUCUGCUCGUGACGAGGAUCAAGACCGUCUUUGAUCCGUAA